AUGAAUCCAGAGAACGAUGGAAAUAUCACCUGCAAAAUCGAUCAACAUCCAGUAGACUACUUGAUCGAUUCAGGAGCAGCAAUCAACACGAUUACUGAACAAGUUUGGGAGAGACUUGUGAAUGUCAAUGCAACUCUGUUCAAAAAAAGAUUCCACUGUGACCGAAAGUAUCUGGCUUACGCUACCCAAGAACCAUUGCAGGUAUUGGUAAUAUUCGAAGCAUGGAUUUCGAUAAAUGAAUCCAAACCGAAGAGUUACGCCGAAUUUUUUGUCAUUGAAGGGUCCCAAAAAUCACUACUAAGUAAAAGAACGGCAGAAGAUCUAAAGGUGUUGAAAGUCGGGCUUGAGGUGAAGUUGUCGAUAGAUAAAAGGGUACCGCCGAGAAAAAUCGCAUACUUACGAAUUCCUGUGGCUAUGGAAAAGAAGGUCGAUCAAAAAUUAUUGGAAAUGUUGAACGGUGAUCUUAUUGAACCGGUCGUAGGUCCCUCGGAAUGGAUAUCACCAAUGGUUGUAGUACCCAAGGGCAAAGAUGAUAUUAGGCUGUGUAUCAACAAUGAAGCAAUAAAACACUCUCGAGAUAUCACUACAUUCAUGACGAGCCGGGGCUUAAUGAGAUUCAAACGGCUCAUGUUCGGAAUCAAUUGUGCCCCGGAGAUAUUUCAGCGGGUGAUGACCGAGAUGUUAGUCGGAAUCGAGGGCGUUGUGGUGUAUAUCGACGAUGUUGUAGUGGCUGGAAGCUCAAAAGGAGAACACGACGCCCGUCUCCAGCAAGUACUGGCUGUUCUCAACAAAAACUGUGCCACUUUGAACAAAGCCAAGUGUCUUAUUGGAGUAACCGAACUGGAGAUCUUGGGUUUCAAUGCCAGAAACUAA